AUGUCGACCUCAUCUUCUGCUCAAACGGUACCGCGCAUAUUUCCGACCUCGGGAUUCGAGAUUCUUGAUUCGGCAGAGGCUAUUGAAGAAGAGACUUUACCAACCUACAAUGCUGAGAAAUACUACCCCGUUCGCCUCGGGGAGAUUCUGCACGGUCGAUAUCAGGUCGUUGCCAAGUUGGGAUAUGGUGUCACUUCUACAGUCUGGCUCGGUCGCGACUUAAGUGAUUCUAAGCAUGUCGCUUUGAAAAUUUAUGUCACUGGUGUGGAAAGAAAUCACGAACUUGAUGUUUAUGAUCGCAUAGGUGCGGUUGAAACAGACCAUGCGGGUCAAAAUCUUAUUCGUAAACUAUGGGGGCACUUCUUCCUAGAAGGUCCUCAUGGCCAUCACAUGUGCCUCGUGCAUCAACCACUUGGUCUUAGUGUUGAUCAGUUUUUAAAUUUCUUUCCUGGAAGAGUGAUGAGACUUGACGCCGUGAAGCCCUGCAUGCGACAGGUAUUAGGUAUAGUCGAUUUCCUACAUACUGAAGCGCAGGUCAUACAUACUGAUCUACAAUUAAAGAAUCUACUACUUCCGGGUGACCCAAAGAAUUUCUCGGGUCUUGAGGAUUCAGAGAUUGAGGCACCCUCGCCAAGAAAGGUGCUUAGUUCUGAGCGCACAAUCUACACCAGCCAUAUUGUUGUCCCCGGCAAUGGAUUGCCAUUGCUCAGUGACUUUGGAGAAGCUCGCUUCACCGAAGAAGAACAUGACGAGGAUAUCAUGCCAAAUCUCUACAGGGCCCCCGAAGUGGUGCUAAAGAUGAAUUGGGAUAGCAAGGUUGAUGUGUGGAGCAUUGCCCUGAUGGCCUGGGACAUGGUUUGUACCCGAACACUAUUCGAUGGUAGAAACAGUGAUGGUAUUUUUGAUGAUCGAGUCCAUCUUGCGGAAAUGGUUGCGAUUAUGGGACCACCUCUCACUGACUUCAUUAAGCGAAGCAAAGUAGGCUCGGUAUUUUGGGAUGAGAAUGGCAAAUGGAAGGACCUUGCACCGGUGCCGAAGAUGACACUUGAGGAACGGGCGGUUGAUAUCCAAGGACCUGACAAGGAAGCAUUCUUGAAACUUAUGCGAAGAGCAUUAACAUGGGACCCCAGAGACAGACCAGCCGCAGGAGAAUUGAUAUUUGAUGAGUGGCUUAUGAAGGGAUUGCAGCUUCCGGCUCAUCUGUCAAAGGAAACCUAG